AUCCGGAUCCCGUGUGGUGUGGGUGGUUGCCUCCGGUUGCCUCCACGGCCUCCGUAAUCUGUGUCGAUUCAAUUUUUCAUAGGCGACAGUAGUAUUCUGUUGUCAGAUUGAGUGGAUGCUCAGUGGUCUGCUACCAUGAGGCUGUUGCCGCGGCCUGCCUGGCUGCUGCUGUCUCUGCUGCUGGCCGUCCUGGUCCUGGGGUCGGCCGGACAGCGGCGGCGCCAGCGGUCCGACGUGACCCGCUCCCCGGGCCACUGGCUGGAGGACGGCUCGGCCGUCUCGGCCCACGCUCUGCGCGACACGCUGCAGGAGGUGCGCCAGCAGCUGCGCGCGCCGUACAUUUCGCGCGCUCAGCGGCGCCACCUGAAGGCGCGCAAACGUCGUCUGCGCGAGGAGCUGCGCGUUCAGCGGGCCCAGCGGCGCCGAGAUCGCCGAAAGCGGCGUCGGCAGCAGGCGCGGGGUCGGCUCCGGCCGGCGGUGACGGCGCCCGAGCCUCACUUUGACCCUGCCGAGCACCGCUCGGACGCCGGCCUCUCGGAGCCGGCGGCCCGCCCGCCGCCGGCGACUGCGUUGGACCCCUUCAUCGACAGUGACGAGACGCCGACCGAGACGAGUGCCGUGGACGCCGUAGAGGAUCGGCCGCCCACGGAGGGUGACGAGCGGCCACUGGACUUGUCGGAGGGUGACGAGACGUCACUGGACUUGUCGGAGGGUGAUGAGCAGCUGUCGCUGGAUGGGUCAGAGGGUGCUGAGGAAGACUCUCCAUUGAUUGACGGAUCGGAGGAUGACGAACUGGACUCUUUUGUGACGGACGGGUCAGAGGAGUUGGACGCCCCAGUGACGGACGUGUCGGAGGAGCUGGACACUCCAGUGGUGGACGUUUCGGAGGAGGAGGUGGCCGCCGGAGCGGACAGCGGCAGCUUUCUCAGCUCGCUCUGGGACUGGGUGGCGCAGCCGGACGACGCGCAGGGCAGUGUGGAGGAGCCCGAGCCGGAGCCGCAGGACGCCGGCUGGACGGUGCCGCCGCUGCCGGCCGGCAAGCGACCCAACAUCGUCAUCAUCAUGACGGACGACCUGGACGUCGAGCUGGGCUCUCUGAACUACAUGCCGAAGCUGCGCCGGCUGCUGCAGGACGAGGGCGUCACGUUCCGACACGGCUACGUGAGCACGCCGCUCUGCUGCCCGUCUCGCAGCUCCUACCUGACCGGCAUGUUCGUGCACAACCACCAGGUAUACACCAACCGGGACAACUGCAGCAGCGCGCUGUGGCAGCAGUCACACGAGCGGCGCUCGUACGCCGCCUACCUACAGAGCGCCGGCUACAGGACCGGCCACUUUGGUAAAUAUAUGAACCGGUACGACGGCGAGCACAUCCCGGCCGGCUGGCACCACUGGUCGUCACUCAUCUUCAACAGCAAGUACUACAACUACUCGAUGAACGUCAACGGCCGGCGGCGCGAGCACGGCUGGCGGUAUCCGGAGGACUACCUACCGUCGGUGAUCGUGAACGAGUCGCUGUCGUUUUUCGAGUCGUCUCGUCGGGAGCACGCCGACAGCCCGGUGCUGAUGGUGGUCAGUUUCCCGGGGCCGCACGGGCCAGAGGACGCGGCGCCCCAGUACACCGAGCUCUUCAUGAACGCCACCGACCACCACACGCCCGCGUACGACUUCGCGCCGAGCGAGGACAAGCAGUGGUUCCUGCGGCACGUGGACAAGAUGGACGAGGUAGAGCGCACCUUCACCGACCUGCUGAUGACCAAGCGGCUGCAGACGCUGCAGAGCGUCGACGAUGGCAUCGAGGAGGUGUACCAGCGACUGUCGGCCGCCGGCGAGCUGGACAGUACCUACAUCAUCUUCACCUCGGACCACGGCUACCACCUGGGACAGUUCGGCCUGCCCAAGGGCAAGUCGUACCCGUUCGAAUUCGACAUCCGCGUGCCGUUUGUGGUGCGCGGGCCGGGCGUGCGCGCCGGCAGCCGCUCGCGGGACGCGGUGCUCAACGUGGACCUGGCGCCGACGCUGCUGGAGCUGGCCGGCCUGGGGCGGCCGCCGCAGAUGGACGGCCGAUCGUUCGUGCCGCUGCUGCGCGCCACCGACCGGGACGAGGGCGUCGCGCCGCCGCCCUGGCCCGACACGUUCAUUGUGGAGGGCGCCGGCCGGCGGCCCGAGCAGCGCGUCAGCCGGCGGCUGCAGCAGGGCGCUGUGCGCACCGACGACAAGCACGUGCUGUACGUGUCGGCGCUGCAGCGGCUGCAGGAGGUGUGCCUGCUGCCCGAGUACCGCUCACCGUGCCGCCCGCACCAGCGCUGGGCGUGCUACCACGACGGCCGGCGCUGGCGGCUGCAAAAGUGUCGCCGCCGACACCGGGCGCCGAUCAUGUGUCCGUGUCGCGGCGGUGUGGUGCAGCGCACGCGACGUAUCCGCGCCAGAGAGCGCCAGGACCAGCUGCGCUUCCUGCAGGAGCACGUGGGCGGCAGCGUGCCACCGCUGCGCUUCGUCAAGGGUCUGCGCCAGCGGCGGUCGGCCGGCGCCGCCUCCGACAGCCAGCUGGUCAAACAGUUUGUGGUGGAGCAGGAUGUCAGUCAUGUGGAUGACGACAUCCGCCGGAUCGGCUACGAGCUGCACAUUCUGCAGUCUCACGUGGGCUCGGUGGGCCGCUGCGCCGUGGACAACACCACGUGCAUUACCCCGGACCGGUACUCGCGCCGGCUGCUCGUCAACGACCAGAUCCGGCGGCUCAAGCAGCUCCUCAAACAGCUCAAGGGCAUCCGUCGCCAUCUGAUGGCGCCGUACGGCUCGGACGGCAGUGAGACGUUCGAGCCCGGCGACUUUGUCGACUACGCCGACGGGGAGGAGGAUGGCGACCUGCUGGGGGCCGAGGACUCGCGGCCCGCGCCACGGCACCCGGCCGCCGGCCGGCACAACGCCCACAAAACGGUGGCGGAGGACGAUGCCAGCUCAGACGUGGCCUUCUGUCCGUGCCGGCCUCUUGACGAUCGAGCGGAGCGCCAGUGGGUCCGGGAGUACACGAAGCAGACUCGUCGGGUGGAGAAGGCUCAGAAGCGCAGGGAGAGACGCAAACAGAAACGCAGGAAGCAACGCAAGAAGGAGCGGCUGGCCAGUCAGAACUGCAACUUCGAGGGCCUCAACUGUUUCGUGCACGACAAUGACCACUGGAAGACGCCGCCGCUGUGGACGCACGGUCCGGUCUGCAUCUGUCUGGGCUCCUCCAACGGCACGUUCGACUGUCUGCGCAGCGUCGGCGGCGGCAGCGACGACAACUGGCUCUACUGCCGCUUUGUGACCGGCUUCCUGAGCUUCUACGACCUGACAGUGGACCCGUACCAGCUGCACAACCUGGCGCCCGCCAUGGACGCCGACCGACUGCGGCGGCUCGACGCGCGGCUGGCGCGCAUGCAGACGUGCCGCGGCCCGGACCAGUGCCGGCCGCUGCCGGGCGCCGCGCCCGCCACCGCGCCGCCGCCGCCGGCCCUGCAGCCCACGGCCCUGCCCGUGGUACAGGAGGCCCCCCGGGAGCGGCGGCCCGGGCUGGACAGGACGGGGCUGAGCCGGCACGUCCGACGACGACGACAGCGCGCCAGGGCGCGCCGUAUGGAGUGGCUGCAGUACCGGCGGCGAGUAUCGCGGCAGGGCUAGUCGGCGCGCACCGCGCAGUACCGGCCGGCCGGACGCCGUACCUGUUGACCGACGAGGGACUCGGCACGGUGCGCGACCGAGCCGGGCCGGCCCCGAGCGGCUGCCACCAGGGAGCGACACGGCGCUUCCUAGAUCAGGUGUUAUCCGCUUUCUUCCGCGGGGCACGCACAGGCACCAGAGCCGUGUGGAAUCUCAGCUGUGGACAGACGGCAUAGACCGGCGCUUUGCGAGGACCGAGGUGACGCGGCUCCGUUUAUUUAUAUCACAUAUUGUUACCGAGCCAUGCAAUGCUUUUCAGCUGUUAGUAUUAGUUUAUCUCUUACGGUGAGACUGAUCCACUUAAGGUUACAUUAGCCGUUAUGAUCGUAUUUACAGGGACGGCUGCCGGUGGUAACUGGCUGUUUUACUGCUCUGUAGGUCAGUUUACGUGGCCUCUCGCCUGGUAGAAGGACACUUGCAGGGUUCACAUCCGACUCGGCCACACAGCUGGCUUGAAUCUCUCCUAGUUAUCCAUUGAGCUGUGCUUGUUCGGCGGUGUUGCGAGGCCAUAGCGAAGAGACCAUUAAUCACUCUAAAAUUCUAAUCAUGGUCACUGUGCGUGGAAUGGGAAUUAUAAGUGAACAUUCAGUCGCUUCGAUCAAUUCGUAUCUAUCGUCCCGGAGUUGCGAAGCGAACGAAAUUUCUUAACUUCAUCAUUUCAUGGUAUUACAAACCUCGUUCAAAAUGUGGUGCCAUCAUUUUCUUAGUCAUAUCGGCUGAAAGUGCGAAUUCACGCAUCGCCAUGACGCGUUCGGGCUGUUUUGUAGCCGCCAUACCACCGACGCCUGGGGAGGGCGCGGCCUCCUCGGCAGCCGCGCCGCCCGCGCUGCCGGCGCGAGUCCGUGCUCGGUGUGCGGGCGGCGUGCUGCACGUGCAAAACGGCCGGCCUGCCGCCGGGCCGCCCAGCUCAGCUGUGAUGUGUGCAAUCGGUGCUUUCGAGCCGUAGAAGGGCCGACGUUGAUCGUUUCGCUGGUGUGUGUCCGCGCGCGAGCGUAAUAACUCAGCUGUAGUGACGAUGCGAACCAAAUGUCUUCUCACGUGAGGCUGCGAGACUAGAUGUUUUAGCGCAUCUGAUAAGCCUGUAGCGGGUUGUGAAUUGACCUUUGUUUGCUUUCGUAGUUUGUGCUUUAUGUGCGUGUGAUUAAUGGUCUGUGUCCGGUGCAUGUGUACCUCAUUUCCCCGCAUUCCUUUGUACAAUCAUUAUAUUUCAGGUUUCUUAAUAGUUUGUAGUAAGGAUAGAGAGGGCGCCCACAUUGUUGAUUUAUUGUCUUUUAACAUUGAGCUCAUGCAGUCGCUCGAUUAUUACUCAAUACUUUGGAAAUUCUAAAAUUUGACUUUAAAUACCUAUGUCUUCCAUUAUCCACAAUCUUUGGCUCGUCUGCGCUUAUUUGUUGAACAUCUCUCGCUUUGGGGUAAUUUUUGGUCGGGCUGCGCACGAUGACUUGGCCAUUCAAAAAGGCGAGUAUCGGUGGUCAUUUAUGGCUGAACUGUUUAAAAGUGCAAUGGCCAAAUCAGUUUCGAGCGACUGUUCAGCAGAUGUGGGUUAUUUGACUGUGUAUUGUAUCCUUAUUAACAGGGAUGCUAAUAACUUGAUUUUACUAGCGUGUGAGGUGUAAAAGUGUAUACCUAUGCAUUGCACGAACGCACCAGAAAGAUAGCUGUCUUCUGUCCUUUCAAGUUUCAGUGCUGCCCGUUCAUGACAGUACAAUGCAAAGAGCCCGCGGCCACGGGCCACCGGGCUGGUAAUUCAUUUGUGACAGGGAUCGCGCGCUUGCAUGUCGUGGUCUCUGGGCAUCGUCGGAUGUUAUCGAGUACUGCAUUGUAUUACAGCACAGCAAAUAUAUCUGUGAACGUC